AUGUCUCUCUCCCCCGAACAGAUCCAGCUCAUCAAGGCUACCGUGCCUGUCCUCCAGCAGCACGGCACGGACAUCACUACCGUCUUCUACAAUAACAUGCUCACGGCCCACCCCGAAUUGAAUUCCGUCUUCAACAACGCCAACAAGGUCAACGGUCACCAGCCCCGCGCGCUGGCGGGGGCGCUCUUCGCCUAUGCCUCGAAUAUCGAUAACCUUGGAGCCCUCGGCCCGGCCGUUGAAUUGAUCUGCAACAAGCAUGCGUCGCUGUACAUCCAGCCCGACCAGUACCAGAUUGUGGGCAAGUACCUGCUGGAGGCCAUGGGCCAGGUCCUGGGCGCUGCGCUCACCCCCGAAAUCCUCGAUGCCUGGGCUACCGCAUACUGGCAGCUGGCCAACAUCAUGAUCGGUCGUGAGGCCGAACUAUACAAGCAGGCCGACGGAUGGACAGACUUCCGCGAGUUCCGCAUCGCGAAGAAGGUUCCCGAGUCGUCAGAGAUCACCUCAUUCUACCUCGAGCCCGUCGAUGGCAAGCCCCUCCCCAAGUUCCGGCCCGGCCAGUAUAUCUCGGUCCAGGUCUUCGUGGACUCCCUUAAGUUCCCCCAGUGCCGCCAGUACUCCCUGAGUGACGCCCCGCGGUCGGACUACUACCGGAUCAGCGUCAAGAGGGAGGCAGGCCUCAACACCAGCGACCCGAACGCUACCGCACACCCAGGAUAUGUGUCGAACAUCUUGCACGCCAAGAUCAACGAGGGCGAUGUCGUCAAGGUUUCCCACCCCUACGGUGACUUCUUCCUCUCUGACGCCGAGAGCCCCAGUCCCAUUGUCCUCAUCGCCGCUGGGGUCGGUCUGACGCCACUGACCUCCAUCUUGAAAACCCUCACCUCGAACCCUCCGGAUGCCCCCCAGCGCCAGAUCCACUUCAUCCACGGCGCACGCUCCACAGCUGCGCGCGCAUUCAAGAAGGACAUCGAGUCCCUGGCCGAGAAGUACCCGAGCCUGCACGCCACUUUCUUCAACACCCACCCCUCCGCCGAGGACCAGCAGGGUGUAGAUUACGACUACGAAGGUCGUGUUGACCUGUCCAAGCUGGACAAGACCAAGGGCCUGUUCCUUGAUGAUGCCAAGACAGAAUACUACGUCUGUGGCCCAGAUAAGUUCAUGACCUCGACCCGUGCUGCGCUGGCCGAGCUGGGUGUGAGCGAAGACCGCAUCAAGCUGGAGCUCUUUGGCACCGGUGGUGUGCCCGCUUAA